AUGUCCGGGUAUAAGCAUCUUAUAGAGCUGGUCCACCGAAGUACGGAUCCGAAUUCUCAUGUCUGGACUGAUAUGUAUAGCGAGGCUACCAUUAUAACAAUGGUAACAGGUACUUGUCUUGUGUUAAUCAUGUGUUUUGGGCUUGCAUACCUUUAUUCCGGAUUAGCUCGCAGAAAGUCCGCUCUUCACAUGAUAUUUGCUGUCUUUCUGGUGCUUGUUAUUUCUAUAUUUCAAUGGUACUUCUGGGGUUACUCCUUGGCAUUUUCUUCCACAGCAACGAACAAAUUUAUAGGGAAUUUACAUAACUUUGGAUAUAUGAAUGUUAAUGAAGCCCUAGAGCUUGGUCCUCAGGAGAGCAAAUAUCCUGAGUUAGCAUUUGCGAACUUUCAGGGCAUGUUCGCUUCGAUCACCAUCUGUAUUCUUAUAGGUGCUAUUUGCGAACGAGGUAGAAUCCUUCCGAUUAUACCGUUCACCUUCAUAUGGUUGACACUUGUUUACUGUCCAGUUGCUUGUUGGGUCUGGAACUCUAACGGUUGGGCUUAUAAAUGGGGAGUUUUGGACUAUGCCGGUGGUGGUCCGGUCGAAAUCCUUUCUGGUUUCUCUGGUUUUGUCAUGUCGUACUUUUUGGGAAAGCGUCGCAAGCACUUAAUGGUUAAUUUCAGACCACACAAUGUGAGUAUGAUUACUAUCGGCACUACCAUGCUUUGGUUCGGAUGGCUCGGCUUUAAUGGCCUUACGUGUGUUAUUCCAUCUCUAAAAUCAGUGUAUGCUAUUAUGAACACAAACCUUUGUGCCGCAUUCGGAGGUUUUACGUGGGUUUUACUUGAUUACUUCCGUACCUAUCAUUGGUCUACUGUCGGCCUUUGUUCUGGUAUUAUUUGUGGUCUUGUUGCCGCUACUCCAUCGUCUGGUUGCAUUCCUUUAUGGGCAAGCGUCAUCCUUGGAAUUGUUUCAGGUGCAGUUUGUAACUUUUCUACUAUCAUCAAGGUUUGGCUCAGAGUUGAUGAUUCAUUAGAUGUUUUAGCCGAGCACGGUAUGGCCGGAGUUAUCGGCUUGUUCUUCAAUGCGAUUUUUGGUUCGGCAACAGUUUUAGGUUACGACGGCUAUACUGAGCAUGAGGGUGGUUGGAUUGAUCACAAUUGGAAGCAGAUGUACAAGCAGAUAGCGUACAUUUUUGCCGUAAUCGGAUAUUGCAUGGCAGUCACGGCACUUAUUUGUUAUGUUAUAAACAAGAUUCCUUGCCUACAACUUCGUGCGAGCGAAGAAGCCGAGGAGAAUGGUAUGGAUGAAGAUCAAAUUGGUGAGUUCGCAUACGAUUACGUUGAAAUCAGGAGAAACUUCUUUGAUGUGAAUGGCUUUGAAACUCCAGCUUCCAACUUUAACGAUGAUAGAGAAUCCAUGCUGGAAAAGCAAGUUCCACUAAAAACUCUUCCUCAGGAAUCAGGACAUGCCAUUCCAGAAACAAGUGAUUCUAAAGCUUCAGGUACAAUUCACGUGGGAAGUCAAGAUUCAAAUAAGCAGUCGGUUUCGAACAAUCAUAACUCCUCAACUUCAAGUUGA